CGCUCACCCAAACAUGGCGCAGUUCACUUUCUCUCUGUCCCGUUUCACGGGAAUAUCAGCGAAUAAAGCCUUGUUUUUACGAGCUGGCGCGGAGCUGAGACAAGGAGCGGCCUGUUGUCUGCUGUCAAAACGCUGCCAGUCGGUGGACAGUAAAGCGUUGAAGGAGCGGCAGAAGCAGCACAUGGCUCGGGGUCUCCCCAAACAGAAGCCCAUCGCCGGGGUCAAGCAGGUCAUCGUGGUGGCUUCUGGGAAAGGCGGCGUGGGCAAAUCCACCACCGCAGUGAAUUUGGCUCUUGGACUGAUGGCCAACGACCCGUCGAAGUCGGUGGGGCUGCUGGACGCCGACGUCUUCGGCCCGUCCAUCCCUAAAAUGAUGAACCUGAGGGGAAACCCGGAGCUCAGCCACAAUAACCUGAUGAUCCCGCUGAUGAACUACGGCGUUCCCUGCAUGUCCAUCGGCUUCCUGGUGGAGGACGUGGCGCCCAUCGUGUGGCGGGGGCUCAUGGUGAUGUCGGCCAUCGAGAAGCUGCUCAGGCAGGUGGAGUGGAGGGGGCUGGACUACCUGGUGGUGGACAUGCCUCCAGGCACCGGAGACGUCCAGCUGUCCAUCACCCAGAACAUCCCCAUCGCAGGUGCGGUCAUCGUGUCCACGCCGCAGGACAUCGCUCUGCUGGACGCUCGCCGAGGAGCCGAGAUGUUCAAGAAAGUCAACGUGCCGGUCCUCGGCCUGGUGCAGAACAUGAGCGUCUUCCACUGUCCCAACUGCAACCACCAGACGCACAUCUUCGGCUCGGACGGCGCCCGGCAGCUCGCCGACACGCUGGGCGUCUCCUUCCUUGGCGACGUCCCGCUGCACCUGAACAUCAGGGAGACGUCGGACAGAGGACAGCCGGUGGUGGUGUCCUCUCCAGACAGCCCCGAGGCGGCUGCGUACAGACGUGUGGCGUCCGCCGUGGUUCAGAGGUUACAGGAAGUGGACUCCUCGCAGGCCGACGGCACAGAAAGCCGUUAACCCCCCCAAUACCCCCCCAACCCCCACCGGGGUUCAGCGGAAUGAAGAGAAACGCACAAACGUCACUGCUGUGAAAAACGCACAACGCGUUAAAAGACUGAGCAUCGAGAGAUUUGGUUUGGUGGAGUUUCUCCUCCUGCUCUGUCUUCAAAAUCCAGUUUUAAAGGAUGCAGAGCUUCUACCUGUACAGUGUAUAGUUUAGUGUGUGUGCGUGUGUGUGUGUGUGUGUGUGUGUGUGUGAUGAUUUUUUUUAAGCCUAGGAGCCUCUUAUUUAAAACUGAAGUGAAGAAGCUGAAUGUUUUAAGUGUGACUGAGGCAGUUCAGUGAACGUCCAGCAGGGGGCGCUGAGUUCCUGUUGAAUAAAGUCACGGCUUCAACUGAU